AUGCAGGCGGUCGACGCGCCUGUGGGCACACGAGGAGCUCUAUCGAGCAGCUCUGUGCCCGGCAGCACGCCCACCCCGUCGUCGCAGGCUCCGCUUGCCCUCGGGCUCGCCCGGUCGAGCGCUCCUCCGCCAUCAGCACCGCCUCACGCCCCGCGAGCACCGCCGACGAUCCCUCAGAGCAAGGUCAAGAGCUCGAGCGCACCUCCUCUGAGCCCGACCACCACGCCGAACCCUGCCCCCAUCGCCUCGACCUCUUCGUCACCCGUCAACUCCCCCUCGUCGCCCUCGCCCACGCCAGCUCCCGCCGCACCAGCUUCAGCAACGGCCCCGAAGCGCGUCCUUCUUCGUCGACCGUCCUCGCCACCACCGCCUGCCGGGUCGUCGAGCCCGACCGCGUCCGCGAGCGACGUACCUCGGCCCCGCACUGGCAGCCUCGGCGACGUCGCGCGUCGCACGGGCGAGCUGGCGCUCAGCGACCCGCCCGAGGACGAGCAGCCAGCGUGCGAUGAUGCGCCGGGAGCCGGCGACGCGCACGGGCUCGACCCGGUCCUGCACGCCGCGCUCAACCACCCGCGCGACCGCCUGUUGCUCCUGCGAGCCGAGGUCGAGAUGGAGCGCUUCGUGUCGAGUCCAUCUCUCACUCGCCUUCCUCUCGCUCCACCUCACUUCCAGCCGGGCCUCAACUCGUACCAGCGCCUGCUCAUCCACCGGCUCGCCGACACGUUCGGCAUCGUCCGCGAGGUCGAAGCGGCCCCCCCGGCGCUGUGGAACGCGGGCAUGAUCAACCCGGCGACGGGCCAGCCGCAAGGCGUCGUCGUCCUCGUCAAGAGCGAGAACUCGAGAGCUCCCGCCGUCAAGCUCGCCACGCACGUGCCCGCUCCCGAAGUACCCGCACCAGUCGCCGCCUCGUCGAGCACGCCGCCGGCUUUGCCCUCUCGCCCGUCCACGCCUUCUGCCCUCGACUCGCCCGUCCCGUCGAUCGCGUCGAGCACGCCGGCGCCAGCUGCGCCCCCUCCCGUGUUCAAGAUCCUGCCGCGCUCGGCCGCGUCGCGCGGCGCGUCGUCGGCCGCAUCGUCGGUCGUCGGCGAGGACGACGGCGUCUCGUCGGCGAGCACGGGCACGAGCGCGCGAGGGAGCAAAGGGCGGCGAGAGCUCACGCUCGUCGAGCGCGAGGCGGCCUACAAGGAGGCGCGCGAGCGCAUCUUCUCCCGGCCCGACCCCGUCACGCCUCCUCCGCCGCCGCCGUCAUCGUCUGCGGUCCCGGCGCCUCCUCCGCCGGCGCCUGCCUCGGUCGCGAGCUCGGUCGCCGGCGGCACCAACGACGACGCGCAGUCGGUCCAGUCGGCCGGGUACGGCAUCACGCGCCCGUCGUCGGCGGGCUCGACCCUGUCGCGCUCGAGCGCCGCCCUGUCCGUCUCGGGACAGCGCCCGCCGCCGUCGCUCGCGAGCGAGUCGAGCUCGUCGGGCUUGCGCGCCGGGUACGCCUACUACCAGCACGCGCCGCCGCCUCAGCAGCUCGCGCCGUACGGCAUGAUGCGCCCGGCGGCGCCGACGUUCGACCCGGCGACGGGCAGCUGGACCUAUGGCCAGCCGAGCGCGACCGCCCUCGCGCACGACUAUGCGUCGUACCCGUACGGCGGCGGCUACCCGCACCCGGCCAACGGCGCGUACGCCGCGUUCGCCCCACCGCCGCCCGGUGCUCCGGGCUCGUCGCCGUACGACCCGCAGCUGCCGCCGCCGCCGGGCGCCGCAUGGUCGACGUCGUCAGCCUCGGGGCGCGGCCUGCCCUCGCCCGCGCUGUCGAGCUCGUCGGGCGGCUCGUCCUUCCCGCCGUUCCCUCCCCCGUCGGCGCCAUCCUCCUCCUCGGCACCCGCUCCUCCUCAGCAGCCGCAGCACCGCGCAGCCUCCUCAUCGAGCGCAGCCGGCAGCGACGCGAGCGCGGGCGCCGGGUACCUCAUGCGCUUUGCCGAGGGCGGCGUCGUCACGCCCGGCGGCGGCAUCGUCGGCCCGCCGGCGCCGUACGCGACCAUCGCCGCGAGCGGGAGCAGCGCAGGCGGCUCGUCGUCCUUGCGCUCGGUGUCGGGCUCGAGCGCGAGCGCCACGCACGAGCAGCGGCUCGCGAGCGCGCGCAGGAGCAGCCCCGAGGCGAGUCGGGCGGCGAGCCUCGUCGCGAGGAGCGACGCCGGGAGCAGCAGCAGUGCGGGGCGGAGCGAUGCGGCGAGCGGUGGCGGUGGAAGCAGCGACGGGCGGCGUCGGGCGCGGCAGUCGACCGUCGUCGGGCAGCCGGCGCCGCGAGACGAGUCGCCAGCGGCGGCGGUCGCCGGGCAGGCUCGGCACCCGAGCUUGCCCGCCAAGCCGGCGUGGGUCGCGAGCCAGCCACCGCCUGAGCGCCCUGCGCCUGCGACGCCUGCGUCGGCUGCGCCGCCAUCGUCGGCGACGACGCCGCAGCUCAAGAACGUGCAAGCCCUUCCUCCCUCUCUCGCCUCGCCACCUCCUCCUCCUGCUGCGGCCGCCGCUCCUCCCGCCGCUUCGGCCUUCUAUCCCGGCCCUCCGACCCACGCCCCGAACGGCCUCGCCGCCGGCUACCACCACCACCCGCCGCCGCCGUCGCUCGGCGGCGCAGCGCCGUGGACCCGCCCAGGAGGAGCGGGCGUGCCCGGCGCGCCGCAGCAGCACCCGUCGGCGUACGGCGCGAGCGCGGCCGAGUACCCGGCUCUGCAGGGCGGCGGCGCAGGCGCGGCGCACGGCUUCUACCCGGCGGCGCUCGCGCACCAGCAGCAGCAGCAGCAGCAGCAGCAGCACUACCCGCCGCCGGCGCACCCGGGCUGGCACGCCCCGCCGCCGAUGAUGCACCCGCAUGGGCACGGCGCGUACCCUGCGGCGGUCGGCGGCGGUCCAGGAGGAGGGCCCGGCGGGCAGCAGCUCGCGCCGUCGUCGUCGGCGGCGGCGGCAGCGGGCUCGACGGGCGAGGGCCUGCUCGGGUUGCCAGAGAUGCGGCGUCCGCCGCCGCGCAACACGCAGCUGUUUGAUCCGAACAAGCCGGCUG